CGCUGCUUGCGACAAGACCUGCCGCGCGUCAACAAUCGCACCCCCGCGCGCUGUCCCACGUGCCCUGCCGCCGCAGCGCUGUGUUACCUGAGUUCAGGCCGAGGUCUUCCCCCUCAUCCCUUGUACCAGGCUCCCAGUCAAUAAAAACCCACGUCAAGCCUCGUAGACCGCUUCAAAUUAGACGGUUUAGCCCGCGAGCGAGAGGAACCCACAUCAAGCCGGACCACCAUCCCUCCCUUCACUUCCUUUUGCUGCUUCAGGAAGAGACUAUAAAACUGAGGUUAGGAGACGAAACAGAGCCUGCCCCCAUCACUAAUCCAUCCUUACCAUCACUUUGUCUGACUGCCUGGCUACUCACUCCACCUGACCACGACUGCUGGGACACCGGACCUGCUCUCAGAGAUGGAAACUUCAGUCUGCAAACUUCUCCUGGCUCUCCUGGUCACCGUCACAGUAGCCGAGGCUAUGAACUACAUCGCGUUUCCGAGAAUGGGCAGAUCAGGUAAAAUAAGAGUUGUCAACAGAACGAGGAGUGGGCAACUAGAAAACAUUACAGCACCAGAGUUUUCAAAUAUCUCGGAAACUUCGCAAGGCUACAUUGCUUUCCCACGACUCGGCAGAGGGUAUCUAGCCUUCCCACGAUUGGGCAGAUCUCAGAGCGGAAAUGACGCCAACGACGAGGCCUCCGCCUCGUGCUGCCCCCUGGGUCUGAAGACUGAGUGGAUUCUAGCAGAAGCUGGCAAGGCCGACACACGCAACAUCUGUCCUGCUGAGGCGCCAUGCUGUGAGGAGCUGCAGGAGAUCCUCGACCAGCGGCCUGACGGAUCCUUCUACUCCAUGUGUGUACCCUCCUGCUACAGCGAUAGUCACAAGGCUAGCGAGGCGAGUGACGCUGUGCUGAGGAAGCUCAAGGGGAUGCUGUAGAGUACUGUUGCCCACUACUCUGCGCAGAGAACCGGAAGCAGGUUGUCUCCCUGUGCAGACGAUGUAAAGGCUUGUAAUUAAAAUGCGGACUGCGUUUGAAUGACAUUUCAUUGCCAGGGCUGAUUUGAAUUUCUCCGAAUAAAGCACUGAUCCGUCUUGUCCAUCAAUGGCUAAACACACUUAUUCUGUUAAUCACAAAGAGAAAAUCGUCAGUCAAAUCAUUCUCACACUACCUGCUUUAUUUAUUUUAUCUGUCUUUAACAUUAUUUACAGGACUCUUGUGGUUGUUUUGCAGGAAACAGACGAUAGUCAUUAAUGAUGCGUUUCUCUGUAGGAAAACAGCGUGGAUUACAUUGUUGCUUUCUAAGUAUCACUGAAAAAAAAAGCCCAAAUGAUCAAAAUGAUCGGAAAAUCUUUUUAUCGCUCAGGUGUUAUAUAUCAAAAUAAAGGAUUUUGAACUAGGUAGUGAAAUCAAAAGACGAGGUGAUGAAAGGAGCAAUAAAUCUUUAAACAUAAA